AAACAAAAUCAGCUUCUGUACUGUCGAGUUCUCCAGAGAAGUGGUCGAUUGAUUAGAAUUGAUCGCUGGAAAGAUGGAGAAUUGGGGCCCGGUUCUCGUGUCGGUGCUGCUAUUCGUGCUCUUGACUCCGGGUUUGCUGUUCCAGGUCCCUGGACAGCACAGAUGUGUGGAGUUUGGCAACUUCCGCACGAGCGGUGCGUCGAUCAUGAUUCAUUCCCUCCUGUACUUCAGCCUCAUCUGCGUCUUCUUGCUCGCCGUCAAAGUUCACUUGUACCUGGGUUGAGUCGAUUCGGAUCGUGCCUAGUCGAUGUAUGUUCGCCUUAGUGAGCUGCGUCGAUGACACUAGCGAUUUGCUUUUGGCUGUCUUAAGGGAGCCUAUUAUGGGUUUUUGCUUUCUUCUAGUUUGUGAUCUUUUGGGGCCUUUGCGAUAUCUUGUCCUCUGCUGAGAUUUGUCAGCAAGAGCGGUUGAAAUUUGAUUACAUUAUUCAAUUGGUUUGCUUCUCAAAA